AUGGUGCAAUAUGGUGAUGCUAAGAAAGUUACUAAUAGUGAUGAUGGGGUAUUGAGAUUACGGGGUCGAAUCUGUGUUUCAAAUGUGGAUGGGUUGCAUGAGUUGAUUCUUGAGGAGGCCUAUGGUUCGCAGUAUUCCAUCAUCCGUGAAGGGGUCCGGGGGGCCUCGGGAGUGUUUCAUAUUAAGGUCAGACAAGUUGGGGACUUAGUGUUAUUGUUGAAGCAUUUGGCAUAUGGUUCUUUCGCAUCUGUGGUGGGAUUGGUCGCAGAUGCAGCUGUUGUUGCCCGGGUACGAGUGCGCAGGUGCGGGAGUAUUCCUGUAGAAGCGGAUGGUCGAGCAUUUGGCUGGGUUCGCAUAUACGGCCACUUUUCUGCAGAAGUGGUUAAGAGAUCGCAGAUAAACAUGGCAGAGUAUGACGAAGAAGAAAAUCUGUUUGCGGAUAUAGAUGAGUACAUCGAGGACACAAAUGCCAUUGUCCCUCUGCGAGUUGACGCUGCUACCUUCAAGGUGGAACAUGGUCUGAUCCUAAUGCUUAAAGCAGAGGGAUUUUUUAGGAAUUCUACCGAUGAUGAUCCAACACAACAUCAUAGAAACUUCUUGGGUGUGUGUGCGAUGCACAAACAGAACAACGUGUCAGAUGAUGCCCUAAGACUGAUGGUAUUCAAGUACUCACUAGUUGGAGAGGCAAGAAAAUGGAUCCAAAAUCUUCCACCUCACUCCAUUCACUCUUGGCCUGAACUAGUUCAUGCUUUCUUAGCCAAAUGGUUCCCACAAAGAAGGAAAUCCGAGCUCAAGGAUAAAAUUUUCUUUUUCAAGCAACUACCGGGAGAACACCUACAUGAGGCAUGGGAUUGGUUCAAGCAAUACCUAGUAAGGUUGCCUAAUCAUGGUUUUCCGGACAAAAUCAUGUCAGAAAAGUUUUACAUGGGUUUGGAUCCGUUGAACCAAUCCAUAGCAAAGAAUGUUGCGGAUGGGUCUUUUAUGGAUAAAACAUUCACAAGGAUCACACAAAUUCUCGGCAAGAUGGCAGAAUACAAUCAAGCUUGGCACUCAGAAAAUACCAUGGGUGGAAUUGCAUACGGUACUCCCUCUUUGACCAACAUGAUUAAGGAGAAUCAAGAGAGAGAUCAAGUAAUUAUCGGUCUUGCCACAAACAUUAAUGUGUUAACCAAGAUGUUCACUGAAAACCAAACUAAAAAGGUAAACAAUGUGGAAGAUGUGCAACCCUGGUCAACCGAAGAUUACGAGGAGGCGAAUUAUGUCCAUAAUUCUCAAGGUGGUUAUCUCCAACAAAAUCAAUGGAGGCCUAACCCACAAGGGCAAGGCCAUCAACAGUGGCGCAAUGAUCAAGGUGGAUCAAGUCAAGGUAAUUGGAGCAAUGCCAACAACAACUAUGCAAACCGGAGUUCAAACCCCUAUGUUCCACCAAAGGGGCAAUACUCUAACUCCUCGCACUAUAAGGAAGGCUCUUCAAGUGAGUCCAACGGGAAGGUACUUCAAGGAGAAAACGAGCAAAUUAUUGGAGUAGAUGAUCUUGAGCAAGAGGUUGAAGCACAAGUUGAAGUGCAGGUUGUUGUUGAAGUUGAAAAGCUCCCAAAAAGUGUAAAAGUCCAAGAAGAAAAUCAUGAAAAGGUAAAGAGGAAAGAGGCACCAACAUCUCUAGCACAAAUUCCUAGACCUUCCCCUCCGUUCCCUCAAAGACUUGCUAGGAGGGUUGAUGAUAGCAAAUUCGAGAAAUUUUAUGACAUUCUCAAGCAAUUGUCGGUGAACAUACCAUUUGUGGAAGCCUUUCAAGAGAUGUCGGGUUUUGCUAAAUACUUAAAGGACUUGAUAACCAAGAAAAGAACCACCAAGAAUGAUGUUACUCACCGGGUUAGCCCCAUUAUUGCAACAACCAUCGUUGAAAAGAAAGAACACCCGGGAGCAUUCACCAUUCCGUGCACUAUUGGCCUGCGAGAUUUUGCAAGGGCUCUUUCAAGCGGGGUUAAGCAUGUCGAGACCUACAAGCAUGAGAUUGCAAAUGGACGAUCAUUCAAUCAAAAGACCAGUGGGAUUAUUGAUGAUGUCUUAGUGAAAGUGGAAAAGUUCCUCUUUUCGGACGAUUUUGUGAUCCUUGACUGUGCCGUUGACAAAGAAAUCCCUAUCUUCUUGGGGAGGCCAUUCUUUGCUACCGGAACAGCACUUAUGGAUUCAGAACGAAACAAAAUCAAGUUCCGAGUUAAUGAUGAAGAAGUCACCUUCCAAGAAAGAAGGGGUAUGAAGUUGCCAUAUGCAUAUGAAGGCAUCUCAGUCAUUGAUGUUGUUGAUGAGGUAGAGGACUCAAGUGAAAUGAAAAUGGAAGAAGAAUGCCUAGGUGAGGCUUUGGCGGAGAUAUUGGUAAAUGGUGAAAACAUGGAGGGGUACAUGGAAUCAAUGAAUGCAUUAGAAGGACGUGAGUCUUACACUUACGCACCAAAGAAGCUUUCUCUUGACUUAGAGAAUAGAGCCAUUCCCCCAGCAAAGCCUUGA